AUGAGCCGGCCUCCAGCAACAUCACGCAAGCUCAGGCGUGUGCUGGUGCUACUGGCGCUGUUCUUGACGUGUCAGCCAGAGCCUAAGACCGGCGCUUUGAACAGUGUCAGAGGUGUUCGCGAGCAGUUCAGGCAAGCAACGCAGACGGCGCGGGCUUUGCUUGGAGCGGGGGCCGUGCCGUUUUCAAGGUCGGUUCCUGCAGGAAUAUGGGCACGCAGCUUGCUCGUUGCACGCAGGGCUGAGGCUGAUGGCACUUUGGAUGGUGGUGAGGCUGUCCCAUCACAGACCGCUGAAACGGUCGAAGAUGCCACGCAGGGGAUUACCGGGAAGAAGGCUUCCUCAGCAAAGUAUGAGGUGGAAGAGGUGGAAGAGGCGACGACCCAGGCCAAAGCAGGCUUCGAUCAGGCCCAGUGGCUGCAAAAAACAGCUGAGCAGAUCCGGCAGUUUGGCGUGGACGAGGUCAGUUCUUGGGUCCGGGCGGCCUUGGAAACGGAGAACUACGGCGACAAGGGGCAGAGCAUUGCCGAGAUUUUGAAGCAGAACGACGUGAGGGGCACCGCGCUCCUGGAGUUGACUGCGGAGAAGAUGCGAACGGUUGGCAUUCUCAUGGGCCCCGCUGAAGUCCUGGCCAAGCGCAUCGCUGCUGUUUCUGCCCCGCCGACGGCCGCAAGCGGAUUCCAGGUUGACGUGUCCCAGGCUGCUGAGUUUUUUGGAAAGCUGCUGUUCGACGGCACAAAGGGCUGGCCGCUGACAGAUGCUGGCUACUCGUCAAACCCAAGCUGCAUCAUUGAGCUCAGCUUGGGCCCAUUCAAUGGUGAGUUGGCUUUAAGCACACCUGGGAAAGACAAAACAAAACUCUUGGAUCGGGACACAGAGAUGCAGGAUAUGGUGACCAAAAUUGUGGCUCGAGCAAAGCGUUUGGAAGGGCUUGCCAGCUCUGACAAGAGUUUGUCGCCAGCGCUCCUGGUAGCGCAGGCGCCCGGCUCUGGCAAGAGCCAUUUCUUGGCCGAGUUGGGUGAGAACAUCUCGAGUCUUUGGGACUUGGAUGGCAAGUUGCAGAGGCCGAUUGUUUCUGUCUUCACUUACAACUCUGCCAUGGGCGACAAGUGGACCGAUGGAUUUCGUAUGAGCAACAGCGGCGUGGACUUGGGUCUGCGGGUUCUGUUCGGUGCUGCCUAUCACAUGAGAAGCACUGGAUUGCGCUGCAAGUCUUGGACAGCCUUCUUGGAUGCCAUCAACCACGCUGUUUCAUCUGAAAACAUGCUGCAGAGCCUUGUCGACCUCAAUUUUGUGGUUAAGAUCCUGCGGCACUGGUAUGGUGCCCGGCCUCUACUAAUCCUUGCCGACGAGAUGGGCAGAUCAGACGACGAGGGUCUCGCUAGACAGCGACUUUGUCAGCUGAUGGAUUCUUGGGCCGGGCAGGUCUCGGUGGUGAUGUCGGCGCUCAGCGACUAUGAGGGAGCUGUGAACAUGUUCAACGCGAGCAUUCGGCCAGUAGAGUUUCAAAUCUUGAUUGUGCUCGGAACUGACACGUUCAGUCGCUUUCAGUCAGUGCUCACCGUCUGGGACCGAAACAAGACUAAGAAUGCAAUCUUGGCCUACCGCAUCUCGCUUGCUUGGGGAGCCACGGCGGGCUAUGCCCGCGCCGUCCAGUAUCUGACAGCGGAGCUGAACAAAGCAAGAUUCAAAGGCCCGUCUGGAGGUUCCAUAAUGGGUUGCAUUGCGAAGCUUGGAGACAUGGGAGUGAACCUCCCACCCCAAUUCAGGGCAGACGAGCUGGAGGCACUGCUCGAGACAUGGGACUCACGGGCUUGCCCCUACCAGCAGCUGGCUCGAGUCAGCCGCAUCAAGUCACUGCAGCGGGGCAUAUACCAGGGAAGCGUGCUGGUGGAGGCGAGGCAAACCUCACAACAACAGAGGCUUUUUAUGCCAACAGUCGCAGCCUGGCAUGCGGCCUCCUGGUUCGAGAACUCGUUUAACCCAGUAGAGUCCUUUCCUAGGGUGGCCAAGCUUCAGCACAUGAUGGGCGAAGCGUAUCGGGCCAAGUGCAAGGCGAUUGAAAGCGACAACGAAACACACAUGAAGCAAGCUGCGUCGUAUUUCACGGAGGUUACAGGCGCUCUUGGUGCUAUGCUAGCUAUUGUGAAAGGGCAUGAGAAGCUUCCACAGGCUCUCAAAACAAGCUGUGGAAGAAGCUUCCUGGAUAUAGGCUUUAACGACUCACUGGCACAGGAUCCCGCCCUUGCAACAGCAAACAAGCACGAGGCACAACAAAAGCUCGAAAGUUUUCUGCGGGAAGCUCGAGAGCUGGGCAUCAAUCACUGCGGCACGUCGCCUUUCCUGGUCAUCAUGGCUCCCCCCAACUGCAUGGCCCUUGACUUUGUCAUCUUCCGCCGGGAAAAUGCAAGUUUAGUCGCCGUCCAAGUCAAGUCCAACACUCUGCUCAACCAAGAGGAUGUCGAAGAGCAGUCGAAGAAGCUGCACAAAGCAGCAGAAACGGUGAGGCAACGGAACGUGGAGUUUUUGGCGGUGCUUGGCUCCAAUUUUCCCAAAGGCUUCAUCGACGACCUAUUUUCGUUGCAGCAAGAAGACUUGGUGGCCCUCAUCCCACCCUUCCUGCGCCAUCUCUCAGGUGGCCCGACCGCAUCCGAGCUUGCCUUGAAUGACUGCAAGUGUGUGCAAGGAAUGCUUGAUCUGAUCGAUGCAGACUCCGAGGCCGAGCUCUACUACGAUGCGACGGUGGAGAGCAACCGGGUCACCAUCCACGGCCCAUUCCAUCCAGGUCGCAGGUACUCUUUGCGAUCUUCUGCGUCCGCACUUCUCGAUCUGGCUGGCAAUCGAGUCCGGAGGUCGAGUUACCCAUGCACCGUGAGAUGCAGAUGCACGACACUUUCUCGAUUCGGUUUGAUGAGGCCGCACUGCCUGGGAACCAUCAUGCUGGAGUCCAUGCCACCACCAUACUGUGGCAUCGGCCGCGGCAGGCAGGAGGUCAGCUCUUGGUCCCUGAUCGUUCUGUGGCAUGUGCACUUCGAGGAGAGUGGUGGCUUACGCAGUCUUCUGCAGGUGGUGCCAGAGAGGCCGCUGCUUCCAGGAUUCACCUAUGCUCUCGUGGUUCCUCCAGAGUUGGCUAUUGACACAGUCGGCAAUGUCCAGUCGGAAGGGGCCUCCGGCCAUUAUGUCGUGGCGCUGCAACGGGAUAUUACACCACCUCAUCUCGUUGCGGCAAUGAUAGACGGCCGGGCUGCGCCGACCAUCUUUGACCAGGAUGCCUCAGCCAGGGGGCUGGAGCUGGUCUUCAGCGAGUCUCUGCAACCGCUCGACACAUCCGCCUCCCAACUUUUGCUGGUCCCGGACAACGGUGGAGAUCGCUGCAGCGAGAAUGGUGCCUGUAUGCCACGCAGGAACUGCUCGUUUCCGUGCAGCUUCAUACCAGCAAGCCGGUCAGUCACCAUUCCAGCAGCCAGCUUGGAAGUGAGGGGGCCCAUCGUCAGUGUGGACCUUGCGCACUUGCCGUCGUUGGAGUAUGGCCAUGGCUACACGCAGGCUGCAUGUGCAAGAAGAUCUAUUUCUGGACAUGAUUGGACAUGGCUGGCAAUGCAGGUGUUGCCGCAGAACGAAGCGGACCAGCUGAGUGGCAAACUCCGAGGAUGA